CUCUCGUCGUCGCCGCGGCGCAGUCAAGGAUGGCUCGGCAGCGCGGGGGCUUUCUGCAGGAGGCCUCUCACCAAGUCGUCGCCGGAGGCUCGGCGGAAACAGUCUACUGAAGACAUUUGGACUACUUGCAUUAAAACCAUCAUCUGGACUUGUCCCAGAGCAUUACAGGUCUUGUAGAAAUUUGCCUGAUGCAUCCCCUUGAUGUCGUGAAAACAAGGUUCCAAAUUCAAAGAGGGAAAACUGAUCCAACUAGUUACAAGAGCCUGGGGGACUGUUUUAGGACUAUUUUCCAACGAGAAGGACUACUUGGCUUCUACAAAGGAAUAUUUCCUCCUGUCUUGGCUGAGACACCCAAAAGGGCGGUGAAGUUUUUCACCUUUGAACAAUACAAGAAGCUACUAGGAUAUGCAUCAUUACCUCCAGGACUGGCAUUUGCAGUUGCUGGCUUGGGAUCUGGGUUGACAGAGGCAAUUGUGGUUAACCCCUUUGAAGUAGUAAAGGUUACCUUACAGGCCAAUCAGAAUGCCUUCAAAGAGCAACCAUCUAGCUUUGCUCAAGCUCGGCAGAUCAUUAAAACCAAUGGUCUGGGCUUCCAAGGACUCAACAAAGGUCUUACAGCAACACUGGGCCGUCACGGAGUUUUUAACAUGGUUUACUUUGGGUUCUACUUCAAUAUGAAAAACAUUCUUCCAGUUAAUAAAGAUCCAAAUUUGGAGUUUUUGAGGAAAUUUGGAAUUGGGCUAGUCUCAGGAACAAUAGCCUCAAUUAUUAACAUUCCUUUUGAUGUUGCAAAAAGUAGAAUUCAAGGACCACAGCCAGUUCCUGGAGAGAUCAAGUACAGAACCUGUUUUAAAACUAUGGCAACAGUCUAUAAAGAGGAAGGAUUUCUGGCUCUGUACAAAGGCUUGCUUCCCAAGAUCAUGAGGCUUGGUCCAGGUGGUGCAGUGAUGCUUUUGGUUUACGAAUACGUUUAUGCAUGGCUUCAGGACACAGUUAAUCACAAGUAGCACUUCUGAAAAAUGUACUUCUUAAAAUUAUAUGCAUUCUAAAAUACACUUCAAUAAAGUAAAAGUGAUUCUUAUCCUUUAUGGUGUUGAAUGCACUCAGAUCGCACUGAUGUUAAUAAGUUCAAAGCAAAGUUGGUCUUCAGGCCAUGAUCCAAGAAAACAUUUAAACACAUGCUUUUCUGUAAGUGCAUAACUAAAUAGCAUUGCUGAUAUUUGUAAUUGUUUUGCUGGAUCAAGAGAAAAUAUAAAGGAGACAUAGGGAAAAGUUAGUUUUUAAAGGAAUUCUUGACAGAGAAUCAUCCUAUGUAGCUAUACAUUUUUUUAAAAGUUUUAACUGAAAUAGCAAGAUAAUAACUUUCAGGGGAUUUUCAGGAAAAAAAAUGAAUAAUCCUGGGGGACCAGAUACUAAGCUAGUAUAAACUGACAGCUCCAUUAACUCCACAUUAAGAACAUGACCCAUACUCUGCAGCUCUUGAGUAAUCUUGGGUCCAGUUUCAGUUCAGCUCAGUGUGAUUUCAGCAGUCAUAGAAGAGCAUUUUAAGUUUUUGGGAGCUCAGAUAGGAAAAGAACAGCCACAACCUUAGAAACACACAUACCAUUAAAUAUCCUACUUGUUCUGAUAUUGUAGAAAUCUCAUUCAGGCCACAGAAGAUACUGAAAAUAAUUAGUCUGAAUCAAGUUACAUAAAAAAUGCAAAACAACAUGGGACUCAUAGAAGAAAUGAGUAAACAAAUAAACAGAAAAAAGUAAUUUCAGGCAUAUGAAAUUUUACUGUGAAUUUUUUAUCCACCUUCAUAUACUAUUCCUAAAAGAUCUAGCCUGUGAUAAAAGUGCUCAGUGCACCCUGACUGCCCCUUUAGCCUUUCAUUUCCACCAUGGGGUGGUGAAACAAGUUUCCCAACUGAUAACACACAUGCAGUUGUAAUUAGUUAGCUGUGCACCUCAAAGAAAUGUACCUUUCCAUAGAUAAAAAAAUGCUAGAAUUGUUGCUUUUCCCAGUCACUGUAAAUAUAAAUAAUAUUUCAGAGAUGUACUCAUGUCCUUACUAGACAUUAUAAAUAUCUCUGUAAAAUACAGUAAAUUCUGUUAUGCUGACUGAAAAUACAGUUUCUGUUCAUGCAGUUAUGCCAUUCUACAUUUUCUUUUAAAGAACUCUUUCAAAAACUUAAAAUUACACAUUAUUCUGUUAUAAAAGUGUUCCCAUUAUAUAACUUGGUUUGUUGUCAAAUGAGUAUAUAUCUUGCAAUUGCUGAAAGUUUCUGUAACUCCUCAUGCUACAUUCACACUGUUAAUUUUAGUUGUUCUUCCUCUUAACGAGAUACAAACCUGCUAAAGAAAUAUCUUUCAAAAUUGUUACUUGAAAAUGACUGUUCAUGUGCAAAGUCUCGUCUCACAAGAGUUUUUAAUGCAUUAAAAAAGCAAUAAAAAGCUAAAAAUAGAAAUGCAUUUUCAGCACUUUCAAGGAUGCCUGUAUUGACAUGCUCAAUAAACCUCUUUUUUGUCUGAAUUUGGCAACAGGGGCUUCUCAUACCUAUGCUACUCCAUAGCUAAAAUCAAUAAAAUUAACUCUGUUAAGGUUUACGUGUUUAAGGCAAAUGUUCCUUGUCAUUGCAUUUCAUUAUCAGUGUUUAGCCAAAGAGAAGACACUACAAAGAUAAUUUCAAAAACUAAAGCCAAAUGCUUCAUAAUUUGUCUUUUAUUAAUUUAGAGCAUUCAAAAUAUAAAAAUAAAAUGCUUUAAACAUACUGUAUAUACAUAUAUAGCCUUCAGUUUUACAUCCUUUCCAACAUGAUUUUUUUUCAGUUAAUAGUUUAGCCUGAUCUUUGAUAAAAUGAGAAUGAUUAGAAAACAGAAAACAGCAUGGGCUUGGAAAACUAACCUAUGAGCAUGCCAGCCCAAUCCCCCAUUACCCCUGGUGUAAUAUGGGCUGUGAUUCAGUUUUACACCAAAGGACCAUGCAAACACAGUUUGGCUGUCAUAGAAGGGAGUAUUAUUAGGCUUCACUGAUUUCUUUGAAAACAUUUGACACUCUGGGAAUGAAGUGUAGAGUUUUCAGAUUAAAAACUUAAAUUCUGCACCCACAUAUACUGCAUAUUUCCCAAAUGCAUCCAUUGACCUCUGUGGGUUCACUCCGUAUUUAUACCCUUGUAUUUGACAACAGUAUUUAACCCUUGCUUAUUAUUUUUUGAAAAACAACUCCCUUUUUCUCUUUAAUUUAAUGUAAAGUGGCUUAAAGUUGUGUGGCUAGUAAGCUGAUAUGUUGCAGUUUUCAGUUUACCCAUUAGUAUAAGCAAGGAAAAAAGUCCUUGUGCAAAGAAGUAUUCUGCAUCAUAGGUUUACAUUUUUUAAAAGAUUUAUGAAAAUUCACACAAAAAUAAACUGUCACAGGCAGUUCACAAAGAGCCAAGGUCAGGUACUUCUGCUCACUCUGAGCAACAAUUUCUGCACACAGCCCCACUGACUUCCCAUUCAGGGGUAAGGUAUCAUGUACAGCAGGCAGAUGCGCAGAGAGCUGUACCUAAACAAACACAAAACAAAAUGGUUUAUGAUGAUGUAUUCCCAUGUGAGGAAUAAUUAACAUCAUGUCCUGUCCUUGCUGUAUAAAUUAUCCUGAUUUAGCUGAAGAGAAGAUAGUGCAAACAACUCAUACAAGCUAAGGAUCUGUCUCUCUGUCUCCCAAAACGCACUAAUAUCCCAUGAGAAUGUCAGGAAAGACAACUUUUAUUCUGGAAAUGACCUCAUGUUACCCAGAAAAAUUUGGAAAAUUUUUAAUGCAGGCACACUUUGUUACAGACUUGUGAAUUCUUGAAGUUUAAAAAUGCUGUGCUAUGAAAGGCUUCUCUUCCUUUUUCUUUGGUUUUUUUUUUCCAUUUGAUGUCCCCUUUUUGAUUUGCAUGGAUAACAAUAGGAAGACUUACUCAAUAAUUCUAUAAUCCAGUAAAACAACAAGGUUGAAAACUAAAAUCCUCUUGCCAACUUAAUCACUUAUUUACUCAUGAUCUUUUUCUUAUCUUCUUUUUUUCCCUGUUUUAUUUUUAGUGAAGAGCUUGUCUAGAAUUAAACCAAUGUCUUUC